AUGAUUAAAUAUAUAUAGAGAUCUCUCUUUAGAAUUAGUGAAGAGUAUGAAUAUCUCAAAUGUAAAUAAAUAUUCAAGUCAUAACUUGAAUAAUUUAAGAAGGCUUUAAAUAAAGGUAUUCAUAAUUCAUCUAUAUUUAUUAGCAAUCUAAUUACAAAAAUAAAUUGAUCAAAAUACAUAAGCUGCCUUUAAAAUGUAAAAUCAUGCUUUCUUUACAUCUAAUGUGCCUGCUAAAACUAUUUUAGCUGCAUUUCUGUAGAAAAGAGAAUAUUCAAAUGAAGAAAUUGUUGGAUAAACAUUUGUUUAAUUAGGACAUGCUUUAAAAGCAAGAGGAGAUAGAACCUAUUUUGAUCAUAAAUAAAUAGAAACUUCUAUGGGUUUUGAUGUCUUAAUCAAAGAUUUAUUAAAAUUGAAUGAUUAUAGAGUAUUAGCUGAAGCAAUUCAUGGAUUAUCUCUAACAGGAGUUGAUUUACAUAGUGAUUAGAUAGUUGAUAAAGUAUUUUAAUAAUUAGAUGCUAAAGAAUUAAAUCCUGAUGAAAAAUAAUUAAUUGAAGCAUUCUUAUUAGAAAUCUUUGAAGAAAAAUAAGAAAUACCUGUCAAUAAUCUAAUUUAUGAAGUUGAAAAAUUAAUUGAAUAAACAUAAUCUGAUGUAUUCAAUGUUUUAGAGGCAAUUGUAGAAAUUAGAAGAGUUUAUUUAAAAUUACUUGAAAUCUAAAAAUCUGAUUGGGUUCAUGUUAAUACUAAUAUUAAAAUGAUGGAAUUUGAAGAAGCUUUAGUAUCUUAAGGAUUAUUACAUCCUGCUGAAAUUGAAAAUGAAGAUGUUUCAUUAUCAUUAGAAACAGCACUUUCAUAUAUUUCAGGAAAAGACCCAGAUCUUAUGGCAUUUUUAAUUUGUAUAUUAGAAAUGUAAUUAAUUCACAGAGAUUAAGUUAAACCAAUUGAACCAAAAUUAUCUGAUUUUGGAGAUUUGAUGGUAGCUGUGUCUGAAUAUAAAGGACAUGAAAUUGCAUAAAGAUUAAAGAAUGCAUAACCUUUAUUAGUUCACUCAGAUAAAUAUAAAUUAGCUAAAGCCUUUGCUAAUGCUGGUCUCAAUACUGAAAGUAGAGAAUAUUUAGCUUAAGUUACUGAUGAAGAACUUCUUAAUUCAUUAGAUUCAUUGCAUCUUCAUUUAUAAUUGAAUAAAACAGAUAGAAAAUUCCCAUUACCUGAUAAUUUAACUCUUCUUUCCUUAGAUGAAUUAAUUGCUUAUGCAACAUAUUUGGCAUUGUAAAAUCAAAAUAAUGGAGUAUUUAUUUAAGAAUUAAAGUUUAGAGUUAAAAAUUUGAAUACAAUUAGAGAUUUGAAUGAAAAAUAAUAAAUAAGAAUUGAUGUAUUAGAAAAACACUCAGGAUAGAAAUUAAUUUAUGAAGAAAAGGAUAUAAAUCAUAGUGAAUUAUAUAAAGCUAUUAAGGAUACUUUACCUAAAUCAGUAUAAUUAAUUGAGAUUUAUGAUCUAAGUGUAAAUAAUGAAAUUAAUGGUUAUGCAUAAUUAAGAGUUGGUUCAUAACCAUAUAUGACUUUAUAUGAUUUCUUAGGUAAAGAUAAAGAAUAAUUCAAAUAGAAGUUGCAAUUAGCAUUUAAUCUUGAAAAUUCUGAUAUCAUUUUAUUCAAUAAAAUCAAAGAUAGAUUGGAAAGUGUUUAAGUAGAAGAAAAUAGUAAAGAAUUGACUUCAUAAACAAUUUUUAAUGCUUAAUGGUAAUAUUUAAAGAAAAGAGCAUUGAAUUAUUUAAAUAAGAAUGAUAAUUUAAAUAAAUUAAAAUUAAAAUAAACUUUACUUGAUUUAUAAGAAAGAUUAGGAAUUGUGAAUUAAAAUAAUUUAUUCUAAGAUUUAAUUGAUCAAAUAAAUGUUUAACCAAUUAAGUUUCCAAAAUGGUAUGGAAUGAUUCCAUCUUAAUCUAUAUAUAAUCCUUAAUCAACUAUUGAAGGAUUUAAAGCUAGUUUGAUUACUAAUAGAAUAUAUGAUCCUACAUAUUGUCCAGAAUAAGAUUUAUUUAAGAGAUUAGAAGAUAAUGGUUUUAUUUCAGAUGUAAUACCAAUACCACAUUCUGACAAACGUAGAUAAUAAAUAGUUGUUUAAUCUUAUUCUCUUGCUUGGAAGAAACAUUCAAAUAAAAAGUCAGAUUAAGAAAUUGAAAAACUUAAUAAAUUAUAUAGUUUCUUAUAAAAAGAUUAAAAGGAUUAUCAUCAUGAUUCAAGUGAUUUAUUCAUUGCCAAUCUAUUGAAUUUGAAUGCAGAAUUGAAAUCUAAAACAUUACCUGAAAUUUCUGAUUUUAUAUUUAAUAUGAAAAUAUGGGAUAAAUUAAUAUAAGAGAGAUUAUCAUCCAAGAAAUCAACUAAACCUGCUGGUAUAUAUUUAUAAAGGGAUCCAGAAGUGUUAUUGAAUGAACAAAUAAAAUAAUAUAAUCCAUUUUUAACAACUCAAUAUUUAAAAAAGAAAUUAUAAGUCAAUAAAACAUUAGAGGAUUUAAUUAAAAUGAGAAAGGAAUUAUUAAUGAAAUUGUAAGAAGAUGUUAAGAAUAAAGAAAUUAAUAAAUUAUAAGCUAAAAAUAUAGUUAGUAAAAUUAAUAAUAUUCUUCAUGAUAAAAUUUAAGAAAUAAAGGGUGAAUUAAGAAGAAAACAUUCUUCUCCAUAUUAUAAAUAGAAAACUAAUUAUAUUGAUAUUUUAUUUGAUGAAAAUGAUAUUGAAAAAUUAGAAGUCUAAUAAUCACCUGAUAGAUAUCUUGAUGUAGAUUUAUUAUAUGGAAUGGAUCAAUUAGUUACAAGAAAGAGAUCAAGAGCAGAAGAAAAAUUGAUUACUUAUUAUUUGAUGAAUAAAUAAAUGGAAGGGAAAUAAUUAAAUAAUUAGGAAUUAUAAUUUUUAGAUUCUUUGAAUCUUUAUUAACCAAAUGUUUAAGUUACUUAAUUACGUAUAAAAGAUAUAUAAUUUGAUGAUCUUAUUCAUUCAGAUUUCAAAUAAUUUGGAGAUUUUAGUGCUAGUGAUUUAUUAUUAUAAUUGAGUUAAUUAUUUGAUGAUUAAUUAUUCUUGGAUAUUUUAAGCAAUAAGUAUUAUAAAAAAUAAGGAAUUUAACAUCAUUUUAGAAGAAGAGAUAAUUAAUUAUAUUUAUAAUAAUAGGAAAAAUUAAUUUGGAUUGAAGAAUCUAGAUUAAAUGAUGAAGAAUUGAAAGAUCUUAGAGAAAUGUUAUAAGUAGGAAAAGUAUCAGAUCAACAUAUUGAAUCUAUGAAUGAAACUGAUUAUCCUUUAUAGAAUGUAUAUAGUUGGAUACAUGCUAAAUCUGCAGAAAAGUUUGAUUUAUCUCUAUUAGAUUAACACAAUUAGGAAUUAUGGAAUAAUAUAUUUAAAUGUUAAUAUGAAAAUACAACUGAAUAAUAAUUACAUGAUGUAGUCAAUCUAUUAGUAGAAAGAUAUUAUAUCUUAUAAUUCCAUCCAGUUACUUAUUUAAGGUAACUCUUAAGAAUGAUCUUAACUCAUCCAAAUUUAUCCACACUUGAUAAAAAAGUAAUUAUUUUUUUUUAUAUAUAAAUUAAUAGAAUCUUUAAUGUUUGAAAAAGACUGUAGGUUUUAAUUCUGAAGAUAUUUUGGCUAUUUCCAAAUCUGAAGCAGCUAUUACUGUUCCAUCUUAUUUAAGUGAAAUGUGUUACCCUUAUGGUGAGAAAUUAAGUAUAAUUUGAUG